AAAAACAGUUCAUUUUUUCACAGCUUGAAGCUCAUCCGAAUUUUUCUCUGAUUCCGGCGGCGACCCACCACCACCCUUUUUAACCUAACAAAAUCCAUAGGAAAGGAUGUAUUUAUUUGGUUGAUUUGAUCGUUUUCCAGAGAGAGUUGAAAAGGGUUGUUGUGUUUGUUUGAGGAUGGAAGUUGGUUCGCUGACCUUCAGUUCCAAUCACUACUCCGGUGACGAGUUUGCGGAGAAUUUGAGCAAUGAUUUUGGGUCCAAGCUGAAAGUGAAAGAGGUUGGCUUUGACAAUCUGCCUGAGAACGAGCAAUGGCAGAGUAAUGAACAAGAGCCAGAGGAAGGAAAGGAUGAAGGGGAAGAGGAAGAGGAAGACGAGGAGGAUUUCUCUUUUGUUUGCUUAAAUCCAGAUGGAUCACUGAUUUCCGCGGACGAAGCGUUCUACAACGGACAGAUCCGGCCGGCAUUCCCGUUAUUUAACCAGGAUCUCCUCUUCGCCGACGACGAUGAAUCCUUGUUGAAGACUGUAGACGGCUCCACGCCUUUAAGGCCUCCAUUGAGAAAGCUGUUCGUCGAAGGACGCGAUUCAACGUCGUCUCCAUCGGACCUGGAGGUACCUCCCAGCAACUUGUCGGGGAGGAACGUGCAGGAUAUAUCGCCGAAUGCUUGUAACAAGAGCAACUCGACGGGAUUCUCGAAGCUGUGGAGGUUCCGGGAUUUGGUGCACAGGAGCAAAAGCGACGGUAAAGACGCGUUUGUGUUCCUGAACCAUGCGUCGACGUCAAAAUCACCCGCCAAGAAAACCGAGAAAAACGAGAAGGCAGAAAAAAAGGGGAAGGCGAAGGUAAACGGAGAGAAGGGGAAGGCGAAGAAAUUGAAGUUGAAGGAGAAAAAAACGGCGGGGUCGGCGGCGGAGAAGCAUUACAUGGAGGGAAGGGCAAUUCGGGAAGUGGAAAAACGCAAGUCGUAUUUGCCGUAUCGGCGAGAUUUAGUUGGGUUUUUCACCAGUGUGAAUGGGUUUAGCAGAAAUGUUCAUCCUUUUUAGGAUUCCGUAAUCAUAAUUUGGGAUCCAAUUAAGGGGACAAAUUUAC